AUGGUGAACGUAGCUCUCACUUCCACCCUGCAGUUUCUGUCAGCUCUGAGAGCUUUAAAAGUCGUACGAUGCCGAUUUGAUUUAAAACAUGAAACUUUUCUGUUUGCAGGAGAAUCUGGGCUCGGAAAGUCCACCCUGAUCAACAGCCUCUUCCUGACUGACCUUUACCCUGAGAGAGUCAUCCCGGGGGCCGCAGAGAAGAUCGAGAGGACGGUUCAGAUCGAAGCAUCGACGGUGGAGAUCGAGGAGAGAGGAGUGAAGCUCCGUCUCACGGUUGUAGACACUCCAGGAUACGGAGACGCCAUCAACAGCCAGGACUGUUUCAGCACCAUCAUCGCCUACAUCGACGACCAGUUCGAGCGCUACCUCCACGAUGAAAGUGGCCUCAACCGCAGACACAUAGUGGACAACAGGGUCCACUGCUGCUUCUACUUCAUCUCCCCUCUGGGCCACGGCCUCAAACCUUUGGACGUCCAGUUCAUGAAGGCCAUCCACAACAAGGUGAACGUGGUUCCGGUCAUCGCCAAGGCCGACACGCUCACCCUCAGGGAGAGGGAGAGGCUGAAGCGCAGGAUCCUGGACGAGAUUGACGAGCACGGCAUCAAGAUCUACCACCUUCCCGACGCCGAGUCUGACGAGGACGAAGAUUUUAAAGAGCAGACCAGAAUCCUCAAGGCCAGCAUCCCGUUCGCCGUGGUCGGGUCCAACCAGCAGAUCGAGGCCAAGGGGAAGAAGGUCAGGGGGCGCCUGUACCCGUGGGGGGUGGUGGAAGUGGAGAACCCGGAGCACAACGACUUCCUGAAGCUGAGAACCAUGCUGAUAACACACAUGCAGGACCUGCAGGAAGUGACCCAGGACCUGCACUAUGAGAACUUCCGCUCGGAUCGCCUCAAACGGGGCGGCAGGUUGUCUUCACAUGGUUACGUUCUGCCUCUGUCUCCUGCGAAGGGACCGGAGCCGGAGGAAAUGGACAAGGACAUGAUUCUGCAGGAGAAGGAGGCUGAGCUGAGGAGGAUGCAG